UCUGUUUGCUACGUCAUGUUUGAGCUAGAGUUCCUUGUUCGCAACAACCAUCAAGCAUCUCUAAGAGCUGUAUAAGCGGGAAAGCCAUGUCCAUCUCCUAUGCGCCGUCGCAUCGCUCUCGAGAUGCAGACCACGGCUCCUCUGGCAAGCAAAUCGCAUCCGUCGACUCUACAAACCAAAUGGAUAACAACACCAACAAGCAACACGAAGACCUGGUUGAAAAGCAAGGACGCAAUGGCCAGACUGUCCAGAAUAAUCUCGAUCCAGCGCGCAAUGAUAUCAACCCACAACUCCUGACUGAAUCAGAAUUCCUCGCCAACUCACUCUGUUAUGGCAUGCGCGUUCCAACGGGCACAGCGAGUACUUGGGAUCGGAGAUUACCUGAACCUGCAAAGGAGUUUCAAAAGGCGCUAUUGGCGCGAUACGGCAAUGCAGCGCGAGAUUUUGCUAUUGCGAAUCGUAAAAAGCAGCAUGAGCAGUUUGGACAGGAAUUAGCAGACGCUGUAGGGACAGGCCAGUCGGAUGCAGUGGAGGGGGCCAUGCGCAGUGUCAAUAACGAGUUUUCGGAUCGCGGCCUCAAGGCUGGCGGUGACAAUGGCAAGACGAAGGAUACGAGUGGAAGUAAUGCAGAUGGUUCACAUCGCUUUGAGGAAGGACGGCAACGUGGUCAAAAUCCAACAGAGCCGGCGCAUCAUUUUGCGACACAUGAGCCGACGACAUGGGAUCGGAUACAUGGUGGUGUUAAGGUUGCGGCAGGGACGGUGCGUAUGGACCAGGAUAUCAAGACACAGGGGAAGGCUGAAUUUAAUGGGGAGACACGGGAUCAUUAUUGAGAGAUGUUAUAAUUGCAAGAAG